AUGGGGUCCAUGCCUCUGCAAACCAGCUUUGACGUCGAAGAUGUCCUUUCCAAAUUAGACACUGCGGAAAAGGUGGCUUUGUUAUCAGGCAUUGACUUUUGGCACACUGCACCUGUUCAUAGACUUGGUAUUCCUUCCAUUCGACUCUCAGAUGGACCCAAUGGCGUCCGUGGUACUCGGUUCUUUAAUGGAGUCCCUGCUGCCUGCCUCCCUUGCGGAACCGGACUUGCAGCAACGUGGGACACCGACCUGGUCAAGAAGGGAGGAGCCCUGCAAGGUGCCGAAGCCAUCGCCAAAGGUGCUUCCGUCAUUCUUGGCCCUACCACGAAUAUGCAGAGGUCUCCGUUGGGUGGUCGGGGAUUCGAAAGCUUCAGCGAGGACCCAUAUCUUGCUGGUGCAAUGAGUGCGGCCACUGUCAACGGUAUCCAGUCCACUGGUGUCGCUGCUACCAUUAAGCACUAUGUUUGCAACGACCAGGAGGAUCAGAGACAAGCAGUCGACAGUAUUCUGACCGAGCGUGCACUCCGGGAAAUCUAUUUAAUGCCAUUCAUGAUUGCUCAAAGAGACUCCAAGCCUGACUGCUUUAUGACCGCUUACAACAAAGUCAACGGCACUCACGCUAGCGAGAAUCCUCGAUUGAUCAAGGAUGUUCUUCGUGGGGAAUGGGGCUUUGAUGGUCUGGUCAUGAGCGACUGGCACUCAGUCAAGGCAGGGCUCGAUCUCGAAAUGCCUGGCCCUACAUACAUUCGCGGAAAACUUGUCAACCGGGCGCUAGGAUGUGGCAAACUCGGUGUACCAGAUGUCGAUGACAGGGUCCGUGAGGUCCUCAAACUCAUCAAGAAGGUUGAGCCCCUUGGAAUCCCAGAAAAUGCACCGGAAAGAACGGUCGACACCCCAGAAACGUCUGCCCUACUUCGGUCUCUUGCUUCAAGUGGCAUUGUAUUGAUGAAGAACGAGAAGAACAUUCUUCCCUUUAGCAAGACAAAGACAACUGCUAUCAUUGGUCCCAAUGCAGCUAUUGCGGCCUAUUGUGGUGGCGGUUCGGCAUCCCUCCUUCCAUACUACGCUGUCAGCCCUUUGGACGGACUCCGAAGUCAGGUCCGUGAGGCAAAGUACGAGCUUGGAUGUCCUGGUUGGAAAUCUCUUCCUCUCAUGAGCCGUCUUACCAAGACCAUGGAGGACAAGCAGGGUUUGACCAUGAAAGUCUACUUGGAUCCGCCGUCCGUAAGGGAUCGGAGGCCAAUCGAUGAGGUCUACGUGAAUAAAUCUGACAUCCUUCUGGUGGAUUAUAAACACCCAUUGAUCAAGAGCCCCCUUUACUGGCUCGAACUGGACGGUACAUUCAUUCCCGACGAGACAAAUGAAUACGAAUUCAGUCUUUGCUGCGCGGGAACCGGAAAGAUCUUUGUCAACGGUGAAUGCGUAGUUGACAAUGAAACUUAUCAACGACCGGGGAACUCGUUCUUCGGUGCCGGGACUGCCGAGGAAAUUGGAACUCUCAAGUUGGAGAAGGGACUCUCAUACGGCAUUAAGGUCCAUUUCGGUACGUUCCCGACGAUGACCUUCACCAAUCCGGGUACCACUGGCUUUGGAGCUGGUGGGCUCAGACUGGGACUGGAACGAAGAGCAGAAAUUGAGACCGAGAUUGAAAGAGCCGUCAAGCUGGCCAAGGAGGUUGAUCAAGUUGUUCUGUGCGCUGGUCUUAAUAGUGACUGGGAAUCAGAAGGCUAUGAUCGAGAGCAUAUGGAUCUUCCCCCCGGAAGUGACGAUUUGAUCAAUGCGGUCUUCGCAGCCAAUCCCAACACCGCCGUUGUCAUCCAAUCGGGAACACCUGUCACUAUGCCUUGGGUAAAGGAAGUACCUGCUUUACUUCAAGCUUGGUAUGGAGGCAAUGAGACUGGUAAUGCCAUUGCCGAUGUCGUCUUUGGCAACACCAAUCCCAGCGGUAAAUUGCCUUUGAGUUUCCCACUGAAGAAUGAAGACAAUCCGGCAUUCUUGAACUACAGGUCGGAGCGGAAUCGAGCCAUCUAUGGUGAAGACGUCUAUAUUGGCUACCGAUUCUAUGAAAAGACCAACAAAGAAGUUGCCUUCCCCUUCGGCCAUGGCUUGAGCUAUACCUCCUUUGAAAUCACAAAUCUCGCAGUCAGCGACAAUGGUGUUGAUAUCACAGUCUCGGCUUCAGUAACGAAUACUGGCAUGGUUGACGGUGCUCAAGUUGUCCAAGUGUACAUCUCGCAACAUGAACCCAGUAUCAAUCGACCCAAGAAGGAACUCAAGGGUUUUUCCAAGGUGUUUCUCAAAGCUGGGUCUGCUGGAAACGUGAAGAUUGUCAUCUCCAAGAAGUACGCAGCAAGUUUCUGGGACGAAGCUCGAGAUGCCUGGGUGAUGGAAAAGGACGUCUACGAUGUCUUGGUUGGUGAUUCCAGCGCUUCUACGCCGUUGAAAGCCCAGUUCAAAGUCCACGAGACUUCAUGGUGGAGAGGUCUGUGA